UGUUAUGAUUUUUGUUAAUCGAAUAUCAGUUUUGAUCGAAAUGGAAAACGUUAAAGUUUAUUGGAUUCUUUUGUUGCCACUUAUAAUAGUAGGCGUAUCAUCCGAAAUUCCAAGGAUAAUUAAUGGAACAGCAGCAUUCAUUGACAAUACUCGUCAUCAAGUAUCAAUCCGUGUUAAGAAUAAUGAAAUUAUUUUUGGAACUGGUCACAUUUGUGGAGGUUCAUUAAUUGCACCAACGGUUGUCUUAUCCGCAGCACAUUGCUUUUAUAAUAGUGAUACACAGAAAUUUCAAAGUGCACGGUUCUAUUUCGCCGUUAUGGGUACCCUAGACCGAUUCGAGAGGAACGAACACACGAUAUCAUUGGACAUAACUCAUAUUGUUUAUAAUGAUUUUGAUAGACCAACAUAUUCAAAUGAUAUUGCUAUUGUUUUCUUGGAUGGAACUGUUCCAUCUUCGAAUCCAGCUAUUAGCGUAAUACCAAUGAACCGAAAUGUGAUUCCAGCAAAUUCAUUAUGUCAAGUCACCGGAUGGGGAAAAACGGAAACGGGCUUGCUGUCAGAAAUUCUUAUGACAGUUGACGUACCAAUUAUCGAUAAGAAAACAUGUUCGAUUAAUUAUGGAGAGAGUACCAUCAAAGAAGGAAUGAUUUGUGCAGGUUAUAUGAGUGGCGAAAAGGACGCUUCAUAUGGAGAUUCUGGAGGUCCUCUAGUUUCAAAUGGCAAGCUGGUUGGAAUUGUUUCAUUUGGAAUAAGUGAUGCUAGCCUAACAGGAUAUCCUGGAGUGUAUACUGAUGUACAGUAUUACGUUAAUUGGAUAGAAGACACGAUUAAACGAAAUUCAGCGAACUUUAAGUCAUUAAAUAGUGCUGUUUGUCUGCUUGGGUUAUUAAUAGUUAGUAUUUCAUAUCAUUACGAUUGCAUGCCUCUUGGAAGAAUCAGUUGGUGUUGUGAUUUAAAAGUGGUUAAAAUGUUCCUAAGGUUAAUAUUUCCCACAUUAGUGUUGAGUGCCCUAAAAAUAAACGAGAUUGAUGCUUUAGAAAAAAACGUUGGUAUUUUACCAAAAAUCAUCAAUGGAACCACAGCCAAGGCAGAAGAAAUUCGAUAUCAAGUUUCUAUACACCUUAAAGACCGAGAGUGGUACUUUGGUUCCGGACAUAUUUGUGGAGGUUCUCUUAUAAAGCCAUCGAUUGUCUUAACAGCAGCUCACUGUAUUUACAAUACGGACUUGAAUGUGAGUCGAUCAGCUGAUGAGUUCAUUGUUUCUAUGGGCUCAAUUGAUCGAUUUGAUCGCAUUAACAACUGGGCUUUUGAAGUUCUUGAAGUUUCUUACAAGAAAACAUUUAACAUGACAACUUUUGUGGAUGACAUAGCUUUGAUGUUUCUAAAUGGAUUUGUUCCAGAAAAUAACCACAAACAAAUCAAACCAAUUGAAAUUAAUUGGAACAUUAUUCCCGAGGGUACAAUAUGUCAAGUUUCUGGAUGGGGAGUUACUGAAGACGGAGACAUGUCAGACUUGCUUAUGACUCUUAAUGUGCCCAUCGUAAACCAAACCAUUUGUGCAGAAAAAUAUGAGGGAUAUGUUUUAGAGGGAAUGCUUUGUGCUGGCUAUAUGAAUGGAUCGGCAGAUUCUUGUGACGGGGAUUCUGGUGGACCUUUGUGUUUGGAUAAAUUGUUUUUUUUUUUUUUUUUUUUUUUAAAUAUGGACAAAUCUAAAAACCAUAACCACAUAAUGAAUAGCAUGUUUUUGUGUUUUAUUACUUUUAUACUGAUAUGUAGUUCCAGUUUAAAAGUUGUUCAAUCUGAUGCUGUGGAUGCACGUAUUUAUGGUGGAACAGCGAUUACAAUUGCCGAUGCACCAUAUCAAGUAUCAGUGCGUUUAAAAGAACACGAUGUUUACAAAUUCGGCUCAGGACAUAUUUGUGGCGGAUCAUUGAUCACAACCCGCGUUGUUGUAACAGCAGCUCAUUGUAUAGCCUCAUCCUUGGAAAAACCAAUUCAAUAUCGAAAACCUUCCGAAUUUACUCUUGUCUUGGGUGAUACCUAUCUCAUGGAAAAAACUCCAACAACUCUACAAUUUGACGUACAACAGAUAGUUGUUCAUCCAAGCUUUAACAACCCUUCGGAACUUGAAAAUGAUAUAGCAAUGAUGUUCUUCAAGGGCAAUGUCCCGAUGGAUCAAAAGAACGUGCAGCUUAUUGGUCUUAAUACCCAACCAUUAGCCAACAAUAUUCUUUGUAGAGUUUCUGGAUGGGGAAAAAUCAAUUCAAAUCAAAUUCCAAAUAAUCUAAUGGAAGCUGAAGUUCCCAUUGUAAGCCAUAGAAGGUGUGAAACUAAUUACGGAUAUCUUCCUCAAAGUAUUGUCUGUGCUGGGUAUAUGAUCACCGGAGGAAAGGAUGCUUGUCAAGGGGACUCAGGUGGUCCACUUGUUUGUAGUAAUGAAUUAGCGGGAAUUGUGUCUUGGGGAACUGGAUGUGCCAGACCUGGAUAUCCUGGAGUAUAUACGAAUGUUUCCUAUUUCCUUGAUUGGAUUGGAAAAACAAACGCUAAAUUUAAUUAUAGCUCAUAUACUGAUGGAGGAUCUGCUUUAAUUAAAAGUUCAUCGAUAUUAUUAGCUUUAGUGAUAAUUAUAGGAAUAUUUCUUAAAUAGUUCUAUUUAUAGAAUAGUUAUUGUAAUAGAUUAAUGUUAUCAUCAUCAGUCAUAUUUAUUAGAUUUCCUAGAACAGUA